AUGGAAAGAGGUAGUCUAGGCUUUCGCGAUCUACAACUCUUCAACCUUGCUUUACUAGCCAAGCAGCUAUGGAGACUCUUGUAUUAUCCAUCCUCCCUCUUGGCAAGGAUCCUAAAGAGUCGGUACUAUAGAAAUACGUCCCCACUCGAGGUUGAAAAGUCCAACGCACCAUCUUUCGGGUGGAGAAGUAUUAUUGCAGCAAAAGACCUUCUCAAAAAAGGACUGAGGCGUACUAUUGGGACUGGAGACACAACUUUGGUGUGGAGAGAUCAGUGGAUCCCAGCAGAACAACCCCGCCUUCCCAAGGACUCGGGUAUGUAUCAGGACCCACUACUAUUUGUCUCACAACUCAUGGAUCCCAUCUCCAAAGAAUGGAAACUUGACAAGCUGGUAGACCUCUUCGAUAUCGAAGAUAUAAACCUUAUUUUGAGUAUACGCCCAAGCCGUUUCCAGAGACCAGACGGCUUCUGCUGGACUUACUCUAAAACCGGAAGAUAUUCUGUGAAGACGGGCUAUGAAUUAGCGGUACAACUUAAAGAUCUCCUUGCCCCACAACAAAUCGUACAACCAAGUACAGAUGCCAUAAAAUCGAAGAUAUGGACGAUUAAGGCAUCACACAAGUUGAAACAUUUCGCUUGGUGUGGUACGGAGGAAGAAACCAUCAACCACAUGAUCUUUGAAUGUCCUCCGGCCGUGGAAACAUGGAACCUAUCUGGCAUCCCAAAACUUCCGGAGAUUUUUCCGAGACCCUCCCUUUUCUACAAUCUCGACUACCUCCUAUGGCGAGCGAGAGAGAAGGGAGCUACUGAAACCAGCCUAGAGCCUUUCCCUUGGAUUAUGUGGUACAUAUGGAAAGCUCAAGCCUGGAAGACUGCACAACUUACUCCAGCUCCAGUUGAGAACAACACAACCGCUGAUCAGUCCCCUACGGAAGCUACACUUGUUAUACGUCCCCGGUGCCAGGUAGACGCAUCAUGGGUGUAUAACAGUAGCUUCUUUGGAGGAGGUUUUAUCAUAGAUACCGACGAGGAUGCAGCUCAUACAGGUGGGCUCACAAGUUCACAAGUAUCUAUACCUCUACAAGCGGAGUUUCGAUCUCUCAUUUGGGCAAUGAAAAUGGUCAAACAGCUUGGAUUCUCCUCUAUGCGUUUUGAAUCCGACUGUCUUGAGCUCGUCAGAUUGCUCGAUGAUGAAGAUGAUUGGCCCUCGUUGGCCGCUGAAAUAGAAGAGUACUGUUCAACUCUUGUUUCCUUCCAAUUUUGUUCCUUAGUUUACAUUCCAUGUGUUCUAAAUGUCCGUGCCGAUGCCCUUGCAAAAGCGGCUCGAGCCCGAGAGAAUAUUUGUUUACAUGUAAACUCCACUCAGCCGCUUGAGUUAGCUACUAUAGCUAAUUCAAAUGGCAUAUCUUAA